AUGCUUCGAAUAUCUCUGUUCACACGGCAGGUCUCUAAGCGGCUGGUCGCAGAACUUGCGGCGAUGAACAGCGCGGCGAAGGCCAAGACGAGUGCCUCCACUUCAGACACUGUGGGAACUAAUCCCGCCGCUACUUCUACUUCUACUUCAGCAGCUGCAGCAGCUGUAGCCCGGGCAGCAGCGGAGGAGGCACUUGAGAAGACAUCGCAUAAAUCUACUGUACCACUGAAGAAAAAGAUUGUUUCCGAUGGUAAGAACACUACUAAAGGGCAAAUGGAUGGAAAGAAAAAGAAGAAGAAGAAGGUACAAAAGGUGUCACGGGAUUUGAAAAUUGAUAGUCAGAAAGAAGAAGAAGAACCUGUGGCUGCGGUAAAACCCAAGGAACCAGAAAUAACGCCCAUUUUGAAGAAAGAGAAGGUUGAGGAAGUGAAAGUGAGUGAUGACAGGAAGGAAGAGAAAAUGAGUGUCAAGGAGGAGGAAGAGAAAGUGAGUGAUAAAAAGAAAGAAGAGAAAAUGAGUGUUAAGGAGGAGGAAGAGAAAGUGAGUGAUAAAAAGAAAGAAGAAACCGUAUCUGUUAGAAAAGUUUCUACUUCUACCACUCCAUCUACUUUGGCAGCAAAAGAAAAGAAGGAGGAUAUUACCUCCCAGAAGAAAACGCCUAUUAUUAAAUCCUUCCGAAUUGAAGAUGUUGCGGCAGCGUGUAAACCAACAGAUGGUCUCUUUGCCAGACGUUUACCACAAGGCGGAUGUCAAUUCUUUGCAUGGCCUGGUACACCGCUUUCAGUGGCAAGUAAUGCAGUAGCAACAAUGCCAGAUACUAUCCGUACUGUACAUGCGAUCUUUGGUAGAGAACAAACACCAUUAGAUCUCGUUUUGGAUAUUGAUUGUCCAGUUCCACAGGAACAUUGGAGUAUGUCUAAAAUUCGUCCUUUUCAAAAGAAACUUCUCGAUGAAACUCUGACAGUUGUGAAGGAAGAGAUUGAAGCGAUAGGUGAGAAAAUCGCCACUCAAGUUGUUCUACAAUCACCAAACCUUAAAAAAGCUUCCUUUCAUGUUCAUACAAAAUUACAAGAUGUGGCCUUUGAAGAUUAUCACUCCCUUCACGGUUUUCUCUACCGAUUUCAUAAGAAAAUCCCUCAUGUUGAUUUACAAAUUUACCGUGCCCAUGGUAUGUUACGCAUGCAUCGUUGUAUGAAGGAAAACCACACCAGUGCUAUUGUGGUGUUUGAAGAUAAAGAGUGGAAUAUUGGCUUCCCGAACGGUAUUGUGCCAGACGCCGUUGCGGCUCUUCACUCUGUGUGUGUGCGUGAACCCGGCACAUAUUCCCGUCUGCUGCACUUUGAUGCCCCCCGCACUUCUCAAGCACAGGAGGAAACUCUCAUCGCAGCAGCGGGAUCCGGCGGUGAUGUUCACAACAGCGGGAAGUCAGGAGAAGUUAAACUCCCCGCAGUAUUACUCCCACGCACCGAACGUGAGGCAGUAGAGACGGUCUCUGCGUGGCUUCGCAACGGCACUCGUGAGGCCGACGUGGGCGAUUGGCGUUCGUGGAUUUCUCUUGGCAUCAACGCCUAUCGCAUUGCAUAUCACUUCCGCGAUGCCAAAACACUCGCACGGCCGGCGAUGGAAGAACUGCUGGAUGCGUGGGUGGCCGCCAGCAAGAAGUGUGGGAUGAAGUUUAGGCCCGGUGUGUGUGAGGCGCGGUGGUCCUCCUUCGAUAUCGUCAGACUCAGCAAAGCGGGAGAGGACGACUGGUGGGGCCCGUACCGCCGGAUUGGGCGAAUGGCAAUGGUGAAUGCAGCCGCAGAUGCCGCAGCGGCGAGUGCAAAGGCGAGUGGUAAAGGAGAUACAGCAAGUGUAGGAAAUAGCACUUCUGCAGGGAAGAAAUAG